AUGGUUUCCACCCGGCAUCAUCCCUGUGACUUUCCAACAUCCAGUCGCGCCACAACGAAACUAGACAAACCACCCACAACCACCGAAACCUCACAAAAAUGGGUGCACACUCCUUCCACUACUCUUACAAUCUGGCUUGUUAUUUCAGUACCGGUGGUCCUGUGGGAUGCAGGCUAUGUAAUGCUGCGACCACAUAGCAUGCCUGGUGGACAAUUCCAUUCACCCAUCUGGACUCCGUACGCACUGUAUGGUAAAAUCGACUUUAUCUACGGCUGGCCAGCAUUCAAUGCGAACAACGGGUUUACGGCUGCACAAACCGCUCUCAAUUUGGUCGAGACCGCAGGCUAUGCAUAUUACCUAUGGAUUGUGUACAUCCAUGGCGAGACUGGCAAUAGUUCUCGCGGCGCACACAAGCCCAAGAAGGGCAUUCUCUGGCUUUUGACGGAUGAGAAAGUUGUGGUGGGACAUAUUGGAGCAGUUGCCCUCCUAAUCUCAUACACAGCCUCUGCAAUGACCCUGUGCAAAACACUCCUAUACUGGCUAAACGAGUAUUUCUCCAACUUCGGGAAUAUCGGACACAAUCCACCAAUCACUCUGAUAUGUUGUUGGAUCAUCCCCAACGGCCUCUGGAUUAUCUUCCCGGCCUACAACCUCUAUAUCCUUGGGACAGAAAUUCUCAAUUCUCUGGAGCAAGGGAGUCCUCGUAACGUCCCAAUAUCUCUUAAGUCGGAAUGA